GCAGCCAUCUCCAAUCCCCUGCUCUACACGGCCAUCAUGUCCCAGGGCCUCUGUACGCGCAUGGUGCUUGGGGCAUAUGCCGGUGGCUUCCUGAGCUCCCUGGUCCAGGCCAGCUCCAUAUUCCGGCUCCACUUCUGCGGACCCAACAUCAUCAACCAUUUCUUCUGUGACCUCCCACCAGUCCUGGCACUUUCUUGCUCUGACACCUUCCCUAGCCAAGUGGUGAAUUUUCUCGUGGUGGUCACUGUGGGGGGGACAUCAUUCCUCAUCCUCCUCAUCUCCUACAGUUACAUAGGAGCUGCUGUCUUGAAGAUCCGCUCAGUGGAAGGCCGAAGGAAAGCCUUCAACACAUGUGCCUCGCACCUGAUAGUGGUGACUCUAUUAUUUGGGACGGCCCUUUUCAUGUACCUGCGACCCAUCUCCAGCUACUCACUUGGCAGGGACAAGAUGGUGUCUGUGUUCUAUUCGCUGGUGAUCCCUAUGCUGAACCCUCUCAUUUACAGUUUGAGGAACAGAGAGAUCAAAGAUGCCCUGUGGAAGGUGUUGGAGAAGAAGAAAGUGUUUUUCCUAGUUCAUGAUUGA